AUGGAGAGGUACGACGAGGACCUGCACGAGAACAGCUUCUUCCAGGCGCUGCGGGGGGAGUACGCGGAGGUGUUCGAGAGGGCGGUGGAGGCGGGCUGGAUCCUGUGCGUGCCGCGGGCGGGGGCGCUGCCCAAGUACGCCCUGGCCCAGGACGACAUCCUGGGGCACAUCCUGGUCCCGAGCGACGAGCUCCCGGAGACCCACUUCCGGACGCUGACGGACCGCGGCGUCGUGGCCAAGGGCAACCUGCUCACCCUGGAGAACGAGGUGUCCAACCCCCGCUCCGUGCACGUGCUGUUCGACGAGGUGUUUUACGAUGAGGACAUGCGCAAGUACAAGGUGCUGUGCCUCGAGGACCCCCUGUAUGCCUCCCACGCCCUUGGGUCGUCCUCCUCGUGUGACCUUGUUAUGCUCUUCUCCCUGAGGGACUGCAUUGAUCUCCUGUGGACGGAGGGAGGGGGCGAGGAGGCCCUCAAGAGGCUGGAUUCGCUGGUCCAGCAGUUCCUGGACAGAAACCCAAAUUUGGAGGAGGAGACGCUGCAGACGCUGCGAGAUCUGGUGGGCGAGCUCUUCUCAGAAGCCAUACAGGUAACCCUAUCAGAUCACCGCCUGAAACACAAGACCAAGGAAGAUCAAUACCUCCUGGACUCCAUCAAACUCUCCGUGGAGACGUACCUCUUGCACGGGAUUUACAAGAAGCUGAUGAAAGGCAUCACAGCCUGCACCUCGGGGGACGAUGCUAGGCUCAACAGAAUAAUCAGGAACCUUUCCGACCUGCAGGUGAGAGACUUGGAUAUUGAUCCAAAGCUCUCGAGCAGCCUUACAAAAUCUAAAUUUGAAAUAGUCAAUAUCGAGGGCUACAGCACGCCCCUUGGAAAGCUUGGAUGCCUGAAGAGAGCCAUAUCAGUCGUUGUGUCGCAGGGAGGUGUUGUGUCGUCAGAUGAGCUGCUUCCUAUUCUGAUGUUUCUCGUUGUGAAGAGCAACCUGCCCAACUGGUUCGCUCAUUUGUCCUUUUUGAAAUUAUUUCGGUUCUCGGCAGCUGGAACGGACAGCGGUGAGCAAAGCUUCAACAUAUCAUCCCUAGAAGCCGCCAUACAGCACAUAAGCUCGGGUGCUUUAUUUGGCAACACGUCUCCAGAGGCGGACUGUAUGCUCCAGGCCGAGUCAACGGUGAGCCCUGUUCUAAAGAGCAUGGAGGAGGCCUUAGGUGGAGGAUGUGAAGGAUAUUCUUGA